AUGCCUGUUCCUCUGCGAUCAAUGCUAUCUACAGGACGCUGUACACGCCUCCUGCUUUCCUCCAGAUUCGCUUCGACGGCUCCACCUCGCCACAUUUUCGGUGACCCCUCUGUGGGUAUUGGCUGUCUGCCUUUAGCACCGGAGGAGACACAGGCGGAGCGUGAGCUGCUCAACUCGCUGCCAGAGUUUCAGGAGGCUGCGCAGGUUCUACUAGGUCAGGGCAGCGAUGAAGCGCGGCUGUUGCCCAACCACCUGCGCGCCGAGAAGGCUCUGCCCAAGCUCCAGCGCACAGUGGAGAUCUGUCGCUCGACGAUGGGCUUCCAGAGUGUGUAUCUACAAGCAGCACUGCGUCAUCUAGUGUCCACGCUCUUCAUGAAGGGCGACGUGGCUGAGGCUACGAAGGUCAUGCAGGAACGUGGCGACGUCAUGCAGUGGCCAAUGGCCGAACACGAGCGAAUGUUGCGUCUGCUACUGCGCUCGAAUCUGCCUAACGAGGCGAAAGCUUGGUGCAAGAAAGAAGAGUUCACUAAGCAGUUCCCUCGCGACGCAACGGUGCCGCUCAAGUGGACGCUGUACGAGCUCAUUGGCACCGAGUUAAGUGGAGGUGCCGAACAACUGGCCAAAGCCGUUGACGACCCGCUAUUCGUCCAAGCUGUGGAGACGCUGCGAGAGAAGAAGGAUGUGGUAUUGAAGCACGAAGAAGCCAGCAACUUGAAAGCCAACGAAGUGCAGCUAGGGCGAGAGAUUCCCUACUUGUUAGCUCAGUACGCGUCGCUGUCUGUGGCCAGCUCGCGAGCGCUAGAGAGGGAUCCGAAGGCGGACCUUAAGGCCUCCCCAACGGACCAACAACUAGUGAGUCUAAACCAGGCUGAAGUGCUGUAUAAGGAAGCACUGGAGUGGGUCGAGAAGAUUGCAGCUGAAGAAGGCAAGGACGCGCUGCUGGCGUCAGGACCCAACGCCCCUUUCGGAGCUUGGGUCGAGACGAACAUUGGCGAGUUGCUGCUGCGCAAAAACAAGCCUGAAGAAGCGAUGGAGUGGCUCGGCAAGGCUCUGAGUACACUGCAGGCCGAACACACUGGCGUUGGAGGCAGCGCUCUUGCUAUGACUCGCGUACUUGGCCAGAUCGCGAGAGGUAGCCAUGUCAUGGGCCAAGCUGUGACGAGUGAAGGGCUGUUUGUUACAGUGGUCGAGACGUUUGAGCGCGAGUCAAAGCUUUGUGCCACCGAUCGUGUCGAGUUUGCGCGUGUGUUGCGUGCUUAUGGCGAUCUGCUGUCCAAUUGGGACAAGCGCGAAGCUGGAGCUGCGAAACGCUAUGCGCAGGCCGAGAAAGUGGAGCACGAGCUGGCAGAAAUGUGCAAGGCAAACCAGAGCACCGUCGCGUUGCACCCCAUUUUUUAUUUGCCGCUGUAAGACGAAGUUGGAAUGUGACGUCGGCAGUUUGAGCCGCAGUAAGGAGCUGUCGAUGCUGCCCACAGAGUGGAAAUGAACUCGGACCUGGAACACUUACUGACAAUCUGUAGCUUUGUAUCGACAAUACUGUAGUUCCUCAGUCCAUGUCGACGGCAACGUAGUCGUGACGGUAUGGGGGACUCUGAGCGUGUCGACGCGUUGGCUGCACGCCACUUUGAAUAACUCGCUCGACUC